AUGGCUCAAACACGAGGCGCAACCGGCAAUUCCAAGCCACGCGUCUUCCCAACCAUUUCCACAGCGCCUUCGCGCAAGCCUCGCGCUGUCGGCACCAAGAAGACCAAACCUGUUGGUGUCACUAAGAAGCGCGCCCCGGCCACUCAUCACAAGAGAAAGCCAUCCAUCAAGGACAAGGUCGUUGGUGCUGUGGAGAAGGUUGUCGGUACCGUUGAACACAAGCCUGGCAAGAAAGCCGCAGGCACCAAGAAGAUCCGCGGCACUGAUGGCAAGAACAACAGGACCGCAAAGGUCGCCAAGAUCUAA